AGGUUAUUUACUUAAAAAUACUCCUGUCUAUAGUGGUGGGCUUGUGGUUUUUGGGGGGAGGAGUGGUACUUUUGAAUGUCCCAAACAGAAUGAGGUUUCUAACAUUUCCUUUGGGAGAACCAAUUUCAUAGUUUUAUAGAAAUAUUUUUGAUACUCAGACUAAUUUUGUACUACUUUAUUUAAUGAGACACUGGAGAAUGACUUAGGCCCCUAGCUUUUAGAAACCUUUUAAAGAACAUCUGAUGAUUAUGGCUUGUCUACAGUUAAAAUGCUGCACUGCUGUAGUGUUUCAGUGAAGACACUAUUUGCAUCAACUGGAGGGCUUUUCCUGUUGACAUACGUACUCUGCUUCCUUGAGAGGUAGUAACAAGGUUGACAGGAGACUUAAUCCCUUGACCUAAUGCGGUCUACACCAUGGGUUAGGUUGGUUUAACCGUGUCACUCAGGUUUGUGGAUUUUUCACACCUCUGUGCGAUGUAGUUAUACUGACCUAAUUUCCUACUGUAGAUCAGGCCUUAGAGUUAAAUGUUGCUUUCUAAAACAGAUCGUGGCAGGACUGGCAGAAGUCUGUACCACUUGAUGUAUGUCAUAUAUGGGUACUUUGAUGCUAAGGGGACAACUAUCAAGAAACUAAAUAUCUUUAGUGUGUUCUAAACUUUAAAAUCAGAGUAAUCUCCAGAUAGUAUUUUACUAUGCAUAUGUCAGAAAGCUGCUUUUCUAAUUGGGGGAAUUAAAAUAAAACUGUAAUGGUGUUAUCAGGCAUUCUUUUGUUCAAAAUGUUAGCUGAUCCUAUGUAUCAGCUAGUCAAAUUUGACACGAGAUUGCUUUAGAAUCUAAUGCCACUUCAAAAAAUAUGUUGCUGUGACAGUUUUAUGUUCUUGUUUAGCUGAUACAGAGACUCUAAAAAUAAGACCAUGUUGUGUCUUGCUCUUGGAAAACAUGAAGAGCAGAAUUUCAAGGUCAUGCAGCCUUCUGUAGGAAGAAAGAACAGGGGCAUGUCUCCUCCUUUUUCUGGCCUCCUCCAGAGCUGUUUUUCAAAGGGUGGUUGGCCCUUUUGAUUCAUGGAUAGUUUCCUCUUGGUUAAAUUUCCAUGGUGUUAAGUAAUAUUCUGUAGAAUGACAUUAUUCUUAUGGAUGUAAACAAAACUACAGUUGUUUCUUUUGUUCAUUUCUGAUGGCGUGAAAAACAUAUGUUUCUAGGUUGCUCUACCUUAAAUGAUCCAAAAUCGCUUUCUAAAUGGAUGGGAAGCUCUGGAGUUUGCAACAUCGCUUCAUCUUUUCCAGUCAGUUAGUGAUGGACUGUGCUGAAGACUCUUGAACCCAGAUCACUGUGUGGGUAAAUAUUUAUACAGAAUGUCGGUGAACUCAUUAUUUGGGAAUAAGAAGAGAAAUAGCUCCAUAUUAUAUGGUGUGGAUCAGGCACAGAUUAUGGCUUCGUCUUCUGUUUAUCGAGAAUCCACUAGUCGAGGAUCUGUCGGGAACCACGGAGAUGGCUUUCCCCCAAACAAGCGUUACAAAAGCUUUGAGUCAAAGUCCAAACAAACAGAAGAUCCUUUUGGAGACAAUGAUGACUUCACAGCUGAUGACUUGGAAGAAAUAGAUAUAAUUGCCUCACAGGCUUUAUCACAAGUUCUAGACUCAAAUACUCAUUCUAGAACAACACACAUCCAGAAACCCGAGCAGAAUGCUAGACCAUCCUUAACCCCAAACAACACCAAUCAAAAGUCUUUGAAUAUUGAACAAUGGAGUGUUGCCUCUAGUGCAGAAAAAGAUAUGAAAGACCAGUUCGGAAAUGGCACUGAAGAUAUUGGAAUUAAAGACACAUUUGGAUUUGAAGUACUGCAAACACAACAUGAAGAAGUUAAGCAAAAGCUGAAAGAAAUACAGGAUGAAAUCCUUAUUAAAAAUGGAGAAAUUAAAAUUUUGCGGGACUCAAUGCUGCAGAUGGAAUGCACUUUGGAGGAACAGAGAAGAUCAUACAUGCUAUUGGAAAAGGAAAAAGAUCAGACACUAAGUGAAAAAGAAAAGGAGUUCUCCAAAAAGUUACAGUCAUUGCAGUCAGAGUUGCAGUUUAAAGAUGCUGAAAUGAAUGAAUUGAGAGCAAAACUUCAGAACUGUGAAAGAACUAAGCCUGUUACUCCGUCAGUUACAAAUGACAGCCCUAAGAAGAGUCCCUCCAGAAUUGUAAAAUUGGAAGGAUGUUCUCUUCAGACUGGAAAAAAAUCUUUUCCUACAAAAGAGACUUUCAGCGCUGACAUGUCCCUUAAAGUAUCCUGUUCUGCAGCAAAUUUGCCUGCUGAGACUUCUUUGAACAAGGAGGACAGUAAGACCCCGUGUCCUGAAACUGAACUUGUGACGCAAGAAGUGAUGGAGAGAAAUGUGACUUACAGUUUUGUUCAAAGACAAAACACCCAAGGUUCUGUGUUACUAAAUGCACUGAUGAAACAGCCUAUUGCCCCUGGGUCAUUACUAGGACUCUGUCAUCUUCUUAGCAGCAACUCUGAAGUGCUAUCUGGAUCUAUCUUGCAGCCUAACUUUUUCAACACAGGAUCUACAGGAAUAUCCAGCAUCAGGACAACUUAUUCUCAGGAUGGAACUCCUUCUUCUCUUGCUGCUUUAAGAGAAGCUCAAAAACUUGCAAUAAUGGGAUUGAACUUGAUUGCUAUGGAUGAAGGAUCAUCCGAGGGAGACCUGGCAGAAAGUGAGAGUGGACUGUUCCUUCUUAAACGCUUUAAGAUCCCAGGUGCAGUGCAUCUUCUACCUCUAGUGGAAUACCAUAUCAGUGCAUACUGUCAAGCUCUGCAGUUGUCUUCAAAGUCAAGAAACAGUCCUGAAAAUCAAUCAGUUAGUUCUUCUAGAACUAACUCAAGUAUAAUAUCAAGUACCGAGGAUUUUAGAUCUACUCUGCAAGAGACUACAAUUACAUCUCUAGGUGUUCUUUAUUACUUGGUAUAUUACAGCUGGGAUGUUGUUUAUACAUUACUAUCUUCUGAAGUGAAAAGAGUGUCUGAGAUGGAGAAGAACAUGGUGUGCAAUAAUCAAUCUGAUGAUAAAAAAGAAAAUUCCAGACCACAAGGCCAAACUGGAGAACUACAAGAUGCUGCUAAUAAUGACCAAUCCCAACAUUCUUUGUUCAAAAAACUGCUUCAGCUGUUAACUUUGUCUUCUACAGCAACAGGUUCCCAGACAGACAAUAUCAUGAAUCAAAGCCUAAAGGUUUUGGUGAAACUAGCUGAGAAUUCAACAGUUGAGUUACUAAUAAGUUUUUGGCACUUGCUAACUAGCCAGAUGCUGCUUCGCUGUGUGUGUCCUGAGACCCCUUUGUCUGCUGUCCAUCUGACUGUGCGGCUGUUGGCCAUGCUUAUUCAUCACAAGAAGCUAGCUGCUCAACUUUGUUGUCAUUCAGAAACCUGUCUUCUUCUUGCACUGUACAUGUAUAUUACUUCAAGACCAGAUAAAUCUGCAUCUGAAAUGCUUUGGCUUCAGCUGGAACAAGAGACUGUUAGAUUCCUGACUAAGUGUGUGUGCUGCUCCAGUCCAUCAAUUUUACUACUUGGUACAGAUUGCCAGUGCAGCCUCGAGGUAGUCAAGGCGCUCAUUAUAAUGUUGCAUAGACAAUGGGUGAAGGUUAGAAGAUCUGAGAGCAACUUGAGUGCGUAUAGAGAACGAAUUAUUCAGUUUUUACGGGACACUGUUUUGCUCUUACAUAGUCUAUCUCAAAAAGAUAAACUGUUUCAUGAACAUUGCCUGGAAGUUCUCCAUCAAUAUGAUGAAGCCAUGCCUGGUGUCAGAGCCAUCCUCAAAAAAACUCCAAAUUUGAAGGCCUCUGAAGAGCUGGCUUUGGAUGAGUUGUAUCCUCCUGAGCCAGAAGUAGAUGAUCAAGAAAUGGACUGCAGCUAGUAAUUCAGCAAUAAUCCACCCCCAUCUGAAUUCUUGUUACUUACUUUGUUACCAAUAUACAUGUGUGAAAUAUAACCUGUGUGUGGUAAACUUUUAAAUUAAUGGUGUGCUAAAGAUUAAUUACUGUCACUUAAGUGUAGCAUGACUCAAAUAUAAAAGUUUGAAGUUUUUUUGACUAUUUUACUUAAUUGCCAGCUAAAUUUAGCAUAAUGUAUUUUGAUAUCAAAAAUCUUUUUGAUACUAAGAAGAGAAUUAAACUUAAAUCUUGUUUUAUUAUGUAUUUUUGCAGUGUGAAAAUACUUAACUUAUAAGAGACAUGGAACUAAACUUGGCACAAACAUGCUGUGAAUGAAGUGAAAACUUCAAACUGUCACAACACUUUCCAAUUAAGUGUAAUUAAGUCUUUAUGGUGUUGAAUGUACUGAGUCUCAAGAUCAUUGUAACUUUACCACGCAAGACUUUUUUUUUUUUUAAAAGUGUGUUUUUUUUCAUAUGCUAUUUUUAUUCAGUGUUUUGUCUAAAUGACUGCAUUUUGUGUUUGACAGACUUCAAGAAUUUGCUCAUUCUGAUAAUGGUAGUGACUUUAGUACUCUGAUUUUAAAAUAUAUGUAUUGUAUUUACAUAGUUGACAACUUUUGCCUUGAAAAAAGGGUAUUAAAACCUACUGUGUCCCUGCAA